AUGGCUGAUGAUGCUGGGGCGUCGCUUGUGAAGCAGAAUUUUGUCAUUGCAAGAGGAGCCGGCAAGGCAUUUUCCCAGAACAAAGGAGACCCAAAUGCCAGGAAAUUCGUCUCCGAGAACAAAGAAGACCCCGAUGCUAUAGUCAACCAGAUCGACAAGAACGGCGAAAACAGAAAGCAGAAAGACAUGGCCACAAUGAAUGAACAUAAAGGAUACCUCAACGCCACAUUCAGCCAUAUUGCCAAGAUUGCCGAAAACGGAAAGCAGGGUGAUAUAAACACAAUGAAUAAACAUAAUGGUAUCCGGUUCUCGGAAUGA